UAUAUGACUGUCUACCGGAUCAAAACCAUGCCCUGAAAUUACCCCACUCCCCACCCCUCACCCUGGUGCUGAGGGUUGAAGUCAGGAGGAUCACCACUGAGCUACAACUCCAGCGCCUUUUAAUUCUGAGACACAGUCUAAGUUGCCCAGGCUGGCCUUGAACUAGACAUCCUCCUGUCUGAGCCUCCCAAAUAGCUGGGUUUACAGGCCUUCCCCACCUCACAGGCUCCAUUCCCUGAAAGUUUGAAGCUAUCAUUUAAAAUGGAAGAAGAUGAAUUUUUUGGAGAAAAAACAUUCCAGCAUCAUUGUUCAGAAUUCAUUAAACAUUCACAACAGAUAGGUGAUGGUUGGGAAUGGAGAUCAUCAAAGCUGGUGAAGCAAGGGGAAUAUCUGUCUUUAGUAAACUGAACACAUACACAAGAUCACAGGACAUGCCCGACUUCUUCAGAUGGAACUUAUUAUCUGAGGUGUAUCUUCAACACUGCACCCUGGAAAGUUCUGAGGACUGUUCUGAUGGUUACAUGUGCAAAACGCAUUUUCAAAUAAAAAGUGGGACUAUGGUGUCACAUCCAGGAACAUAUGCUGGUGUACAGACAUGUCCUCCUGUGGCGGAGGUUUUAGAGGUACCCUUGGAUGAUUCUGAAGUGACGGAGACUGCAGCAGCAUCUGAAGUGAUUAAAUAUGAAUAUCAUGUCUUAUAUUCUAGUAGCUACCAAGUGCCUGUACUUUACUUUAGGGCAAGCUUCUUAGAUGGGAGACCGUUAGCCCUGAAGGACAUAUGGGAAGGAGUCCACGAGUGCUAUCAGACGAGGCUGCUACAGGGACCAUGGGACACUAUUACUCAACAGGAACAUCCAAUACUUGGGCAACCCUUUUUUGUACUUCAUCCCUGCAAGACUAAUGAAUUCAUGGCUCCUGUAUUAAAGAAUUCUCAGAAAAUCAAUAGGAACAUCAACUAUAUUACAUCAUGGCUGAGCAUCGUAGGGCCGGUUGUUGGGCUCAAUCUUCCUUUCAGUUAUGCCAUAGCAACUUCUCAGGAUGAGUCAAAUGCCCUUUGACAAGAUUCUUCUAUUGAUUUUACAGAUUGUGGCAUGAAGAGCAUCAAGAGUUUACCUGACCAGCCCUGGUUUUAAUGAGAUCAAAACUGUGCAAUAUUCCACAUUGCCAAGAUUUGACAUGGAAUUUUUUUUUCCCCCAGGAAAAAAAUGUCUGUGGCAACUCAUAUUUGAUAUACUGAAUUUUUAGAAAAAAACAUGUCAAAGAUACAAAUCACUGUAAAUAACAAAAAAUCAAUCUAGUUCAGUAAUACUAUAAAUCCUGACAUCAUUGAGGCACUGACAAGUCAUUUUUUUCUGGGAUAAGCACUUCACAUUCCUUUUUCUGAUAUGGAGAUUGAUGGAGAAAUAUAUUUAUGCAUUCAUUUUAAUAUAAUGUGAUGAAAAUUAAAGUACAGGAUAUAUAUGUUCCUGAAAACUAAUUUUAUAAACAUAAUAACCUUUACUAAAUUAUUCUCCCAUAAUCAAGUUCAGGAAAAAUUAAUUAUUUCUAAUUUAUUCAGAGAGAGAGAGAGAGAGAGAGAGAGAGAGAAAGAAACAGA